AGAGCCGAGAGAGAAAAAGCUUUCGCCAGUUCUUUACGCAAAUUCUUUCCCCUUCUGUCACCUGAACAAAAUCCCCUCUUUUUCUUCUUCUUCUUCUUCUUCUUCUUGUUUGUUUACUCUUCCUUCGUUACUUUGCAAAGAGGAGAAACCAUGGCCGGGGCUUUAGUAGGGGGAGCUUUUCUUUCUUCUUUCCUUAAUGUUUUGUUCGACAGGAUGGCCUCUCCCCAGGUGGUUGCCUUCUUCAGAGGCCACAAAGUCAACGAUUGGCUGCUAACGAGGUUGGAGACAGCAAUGACAUCUCUCAGUGUGGUGCUUGACGAUGCUGAGGAGAAGCAGAUAACAAACAGAGCUGUGCGGGAUUGGCUGGACCUGCUUAAAGACGCUGUCUAUAAAGCCGACGACUUCUUGGAUGAGAUUGCUUAUGAAGCUCUACGGCAGGAGGUGGAAGCUGAAGAUCAAACCUUCACAGGUCAGACGCAGAGGCUUCUUUCUUUCAUUAACCCACUUGAAAUAUUGGGCUCGAGAGAGAUCGAAGAAAAAUUAGAAGUCCUCUUGCAGGAUCUAGAUCCCUUAGUUGAACGACUGCAUGCCCUUGGUUUGAUCAACCCCAAUGUAGAAAGACCAUCAUCGCCUAAAAGACCAACAACUUCUCUGGUGGAUGAAUCUAGUGUUUAUGGUAGAGAUGAUGACAGGGAAGCAAUACUGAAGUUGCUUCAACCAGACGAUGCCAGUGGAGAAAACCCAGGUGUGGUUCCCGUACGGGGAAUGGGCGGGGUUGGUAAAACCACGCUUGCUCAGCUUGUAUACAAUAGCAGCGAAGUACAAGAGUGGUUCGACCUCAAAGCCUGGGUUUGUGUUUCAGACGAUUUCAGUGUUUUGAGGUUAACCAAGGGGAUCUUUGAGGCGUUCGGUUCAAAGCCUGAUCCUGAUUCUGAUAGUCUGAAUAAUCUCCAGCUUCAGUUGAAGGACAGAUUGGAGGGAAAGAGAUUCUUGCUUGUUUUAGAUGACGUUUGGAAUGAAGAUUAUGCUGAGUGGGACAAGUUGUUUACCCCCCUGAAAUACGGAGCACAGGGGAUGAGUAAGAUUCUUGUCACAACUCGCAAUGAAAGUGUAGCAUCGGUCAUGAGAACUGUUACAACUCAUCAUCUAAAAGAAUUGACGGAAGACAACUGCUUGCUCGUGUUCACCAAACAUGCAUUUCGUGUUGAAAAUCCCAAUGAUUAUGAAGAGUUGCUACAGAUUGGAAGAGAAAUAGCGAAAAAGUGUAAAGGCCUUCCUCUAGCUGCAAAAACACUCGGAGGUCUGCUACGCACCAAAAGAGAUGUUGAGGAGUGGGAGAAGAUAUUGGAAAGCAAUCUAUGGGAUUUACCCAAAGGCAAUAUCCUCCCAGCCUUGAGAUUAAGUUAUCAUUAUCUCCCGCCACAUCUGAAGCAGUGUUUUGCUUAUUGUGCCAUAUUUCCAAAAGACUAUUUAUUUGAAAAGGAUGAAUUAGUGCUCCUGUGGAUGGCAGAGGGCUUCUUAGUCCGCUCCGUAGAUGAUGAGAUGGAAAGAGCAGGUGCUGAGUGCUUUGAUGAUCUCUUGUCAAGGUCGUUUUUCCAGCAAUCAAGCUCAUUAUUUGUGAUGCACGAUCUCAUGCAUGACUUGGCUACCCAUGUGUCCGGUCAAUUUUGCUUCAGCUCCAGUUUGAGGGAAAAUAAUUCUUCCAAGGCCACCAGAAGGACUCGACAUUUAUCACUCGCAGUAGAUACGGAAGACACGGAUGGUGAAGAUACCGAAGAUGGAGAUACGGAAGGUGUUUUUUCAAGCACAAUAUUAGAAAACAUCCGUGAAGCCCAACAUCUACGCACAUUCCGAACUUCUCUACACAAUCUGAUGUGUCCUCCCGAAUUUGAUAAGAUCUUUCAGUCAACACAUUGUCGCCUACGAGUGAUAUCGUUGUCUAAUUGUGCCGGUGCAGCUAAGAUGCUUUGUUCAAUUAGCAAGUUGAAGCAUUUGCGGUAUUUGGAUCUUUCCUGGUCAGAUUUAGUAACGUUGCCUGAAGAAGUGAGUGCUCUUCUCAAUUUGCAAACGUUGAUUUUGCAAGGUUGCUCCGAACUUGCUAGUCUACCUUAUCUUGGAAAUUUGAAGCAUUUACGACAUCUGAAUCUUGAAGGAACAAGAAUCGAAAGGUUGCCUGAAUCUCUGGAAAGGUUAAUCAACUUGCGGUAUCUUAACAUCUCAGACACGCCUUUGAAAGAGAUGCCACCACAUAUAGGUAAACUUGCAAAGCUCCAAACGUUGACUGACUUUCUCGUGGGAAGACAGAGUGAGACUAGCAUUAAAGAAUUGGGAAAGCUACGACAUCUACGGGGAGAACUUCAUAUUGGGAACCUUCAAAAUGUGGUGGAUGCACGGGAUGCAGCUGAGGCAAAUUUGAAAGGUAGAAAGCACCUUGAUAAGCUGAGGUUUACAUGGGAUGGUGACACUCAUGACCCGCAACACGUAACAAGCACACUUGAAAAAUUAGAGCCAAAUAAAAAGGUGAAGGAUCUUCAGAUUGAUGGUUAUGGAGGUGCAAGGUUUCCGGAGUGGGUAGGAGAGUCCUCUUUCUCAAAUAUAGUGUCUUUGAGGCUCGUUAGUUGUAAAAACUGCACCUCCUUACCACCGCUCGGGCAAUUAGCUUCUUUGAAGCGUCUCUCAAUUGAAGCAUUCGAUAGAGUUGAGACUGUGAGCUCUGAGUUCUAUGGGAAUUGUACAGCUAUGAAGAAGCCAUUUGAAUCCCUCCAAACAUUAUCUUUUAGAAGGAUGCCAGAGUGGCGGGAGUGGAUUUCAGACGAAGGCAGCCGGGAAGCCUUCCCUCUUCUAGAGGAGCUUUUAAUCCAAGAAUGCCCGAACCUUGCAAAGGCCCUACCUGGUCACAACCUUCCACGUGUAACAGAACUUAGAAUUGAAGGAUGUAGGCAGCUCGCGACUCCACUUCCUAGGUUUCCUAGGUUGCACUCUCUCUAUGUUUCUGGAUCCAACUCCCUAGAGUCCCUACCCGAGGAAAUUGAUCAAAUGGGUUGUUCACCCUCUGAUUUAAGGAUUAAAAUCAACGGCUGCGCUUCUCUCAAAUGCGUCGCCCUGGACUUGCUCCCCAAGUUAAAUACUCUUUCUAUCCAUGACUGUCCAAAUCUGGAAUCACUAUGUGCCCAUGAAAGACCUCUCAAUGAUCUCACCUCUCUCCAUUCUUUGGAAAUCGCGGGGUGCCCUAAAUUAGUUUCAUUUCCCAAAGGAGGGUUACCUGCUCCAGUCUUGACACGACUUGAUUUAUAUCGUUGCAAAAACUUGAAGCAGUUGCCUGAGAGUAUGCCUUCCCUCCUCCCAUCCCUUAACCGUUUGGGAAUAUUUUAUUGUUCAGAAGUUGAGUUGUGUCCAGAAGGGGGUUUUCCCUCCACAUUACAAUCACUUUGGAUUUGGAAGUGCAACAAACUCAUUGCAGGCCGCAUGCAAUGGGGCUUGCAAACGCUCCCUUCUCUUUCACACCUCGACAUUGGUGUGGACGAAAAUGUUGAAUCCUUCCCUGAAGAGAUGCUGCUGCCCUCAAGUCUUACAUCUCUUAAAAUCGAUUCCCUAAAACACCUGAAAUCUCUUGACUACAAGGGGCUUCAACACCUCACCUCCCUUAAACAAUUGAUUAUACGUAACUGCCCUCUGAUUGAGUCAAUGCCAGAAGAAGGGUUGCCCUCCUCCCUUUCUUAUCUUGGAAUUUACAGUUGUCCUAUGCUGGGUGAAAGUUGUGAAAGGGAGAAAGGUAAAGAUUGGCCCAAGAUUUCUCACAUUCCUUGCAUAUAUAUUUUCCCCCCAACAUCAGCGGAGCAAAGAAGUAGUUAAAAGGAGGUUUUCUUUCAAUCGUCCAACAUAUUGAGUAGAUACGUAGCUAUAUUAACAACAAUACUUCCAGCAUGCACAAAUGCGACUUCUUGAUGGUUACGCUGCUAAAGACAUUUACAAAUCCCCAUCAAUACUCGUGUUUAUUCCUCGUGAUGAUCCAGUGAGCUGACAAUAAAAGAAAACCUCGGCAUUACAAGUAAAUCGAUCGUCACUGCAAGCAUAAUGCAAGCAUGGAAGAGAUUCGGGUAGGAAUUACCCUUGUCUUCAUUGAGAGGCUUUAACCUCCCUAGCUCCUUCAUCAGCAGGCCCAUUGUUUGAUGCAUCCUCUGAAGCGUCUAAGCAAGGAUUGCUUACAACAAAAAAUCGAGUUUCAGAUCAAAACAGCUUAUGGUUUUGGCUGGAAGUAUCCUAUUUAGACAUAGAUGAGCCGAUUAGAAGAUGAUUUGAGUUCUUAAAUUUUCUUGCUUAAAAUGUAAUGUAACAUGAAUCUGCAGAUGAUCAGUAAAUUAGAAGGGAAAUUUAAUUUUGCCCUGUUUAUCUAAA